AUGGAUGAGCUGAGUGCCAAAUCCCAACAAGAAGCUCCCCAAGCUGCCACCUCACAGGCAGAGCGUGAAGAAACUGAAAGAAAAGCUCGGGUGAAUGCUGUUUGGCAACAGAUGAACAAAGGAGUUUCCACAAAAUCUCUUAAAUCCAUCUUAGAAAAGCGCAGCUCGACUGCAAAUAAAACUUCUCAAAGGACUUCCCAAAAGAUGUCAUCUCCUAGCUGGAUGACAUCUUUGGGAUUGGCACCAAAAAAGAUAUCACCUGGUCAAGAUGUUUCGGCGAAAUGUCCUAGCAUCACUCAGAAUGGUGCCAGUGACGAGGCAAAGAAACUUGCUGCAGCUGCUCUUUCAGCAGUUAAGGAUGCUGCUGCUUUAGCUGCUCUGGGCAGGGGGAAAGUUGAGAUUUCUGAAGUUCGGGACUUUGCUGGUGAGGAAGUCGAAGUGAGAAAAAUUGUCGAUGCUACCUCAAAAGAGGCAUCUGAUAAAGGUAAAGGAACAGCCGGUACGGUUUCUGCUGUUGAUGCUGUUCUUGAACAAAUAAAAAAGAAACAAAAACUGAGUGUACUUGACAAGACAAAGAAGGAUUGGGGCGAGUUCAAGGAAGAAAACAAAGGCCUGGAAGAUGAACUGGAUGCUUACAAGAAAAGUUCAAAUCAGUAUCUAGAUAAAGUCUCUUUCUUGCAGCGUUCAGACUACCGAGAGUUUGAGCGGGAGAGAGAUGCUCGACUGGCUUCUCAAGCCAAGAGGAAGGUGGGAGAUAUGCGAGAAGAUUUUUGA